AUGGCAGUCACCGUCCUCCUCGACUCAGACCCUCUGCUACGUUCAGUAGUGUGUUUCGUACGGCAGUACAUGUCACAAAAUGACGCCUCGCACAACUUCGAACACAUCCAGCGCGUGGUCAAUCUCUCCCAGUACAUCUACACACACUCGGCAGAGCGCCUGCGCCAACACCUCGACAUCAGGCUCAUCACCCUCUCGGCCCUCCUCCACGACGUCGGCGACAGAAAAUAUCUCAAGUCGGGCGAGGACCCCUUCACGAUGGUCUACACACUGCUCCGGACCCUCGGCGCGCCCGACGACCUCGCGGCGCGCGUGCAGGCCAUUUGCCUGGGAGUGUCAUAUAGUUCCGAGGUGGCAGACCCGGACCGCACGCUGCGGCUGAUUCGUCUGCACCCGGAGCUGGCGGUGGUGCAGGAUGCAGACCGGCUGGAUUCGAUCGGGGCCAUCGGCGUGGGGAGGUGUUUCACGUUCAGCGGGGCGAGGACGGAUAGUUCGAGCAUGGAGGAGGCGAUGGGGCAGGUUGAGACGAGGCUGUUACGGGUGGGCGAAAUGAUGAAGACUGAGGUGGGCAGGAGGCUGGCUAAGGAGAGGAGUCGGAGGUUGAGAACGUUUAGGGAUUGGUGGAGGGAAGAGGAGGGUAUGGUCGGGAUGGGUGAGUUGAGUUGUUUAUGA